GUCCUAACUAUUUAGGAAAUGCUUAAUAUGUUUAAAAAGAAGUCCUCAUCAAAAAGUGGUCACCGAUUGGGCGGUCAAAAGUAUGUCAACAAUAACAACAAUUCGAUAAACAGCGGCCAAAACAGCGGUGACUAUCACAUAUCGAUUGGCUGCGGUGGCGGACAGCAUAGCAACGGUGGUCAAAGUCAUAGUAAAUACCAUCGGCCGUCAUCACCGCCCAAUCAUCCGCCACCAUUGCAUCACCCGAUGGCCGCAACAGGUCAUCUACCACUUAAUCCGUCGCUAACAAAGACGACCAUAAAUCUGACAAACGGACUGUUGGUUAACCCGCAGUCGGCGGCAUCGGUUGUGAUUACACCUACCAGUACUUCUAAAAUAGCUAUCGGCGGCCACACGGCUAGUCCCGCGUCUUCAUCGUCGGUGAUGACAACGACAGCCAGCAGUUCCAGUGUUGGUCAUAACUUUACGAAUAUUGAAUACGUGUUAACUGUGCCCACGACUGGAAAUGGCACCGGCAGUCAGUCAAUAGCGAACACUAUUACGACCUCUACAUCACCGCAGGUCAACCUAAUGUAUGUAAACCCGAUGUCCGACAUUCCUCCACCACUUCCGCCGAAGCAGAAGCUGCGGAAAAUUUUUGCUCCUACCGUAGCGUCCAGUGUUUCACUGCCUACCGGAACCACAGCUCCAUUAUCAACACCUAACAGUUCAGGACAUUCGGCAGUAGUUAACAAUACUCCAAAUCGGUUGCGAACACAGCAAUCAUUGCCUCAACAACAGACACACCACAAACCUCUGGAACGAAUGGUUGCAAACAGUCUGGACUUAACAGGCAGUAGUAGCAGUACGAGCACCAGUAGCUCGAAUAGCACUCGAAGUUCAAGUAAUGGCAGUUUAAAUCACUUGCCGCCGCCCGUCACCAGUGGUUGUACACCGGUUGCCAGUGUUAGAGGACGGGACUCAAUGGUCUCUAUUAAUUGUGACAACAAUGAAGACAACUCACCUCCACCGACACCACCUGUAAGGCACCGCAUGAAUAGACCGAUACAAUUGUCAACCAAUUGUAUCGUUUCUAAUAACACUACCGUCGAUAACACUGUUCAGCCUAAAAGACUGUCACAGUCGUUAAUGUUGGCACCAUUGGCCACUCCUGACCACGAAGUGGCCACCAAUUCAUCAGCCGAUGCUUAUGAAGGAGGCCAGCAAUCGGGCGAUAAUUAUUCUAAUAGCGAACGGUCAUCUGCCGUGGGAUCUGACGACGACAAUCAGCGACAAUUCGAUGAAGACAGAGGACAACAUAAUUGUUAUACGAGUGGUACACGAGAUUGUGAUAAUGGUGUUGAUGGACACAGAUCUGAUGGCAGUGACAAUGAUAGUGAUAUCGGUGUCUAUAACGGUAGACGCAAUGAGGACAGAGAUGAAGAGGUAGAGGAUGAAGACAGAGAGAUCAAUGACGUGCCGCCAAGUUUUGUGUCUGAAUCGGAGUUUACAUUAAACGGAAACAGUUUUGAUGAUCGGCCACCGAUACCUAAUCGACAGCAAUCCCAGUGCAGUGCUCAUGAUGUUGAUUGUGGUGAUGACGAUGAUUAUGAUGAUGACAACAACGAGGACAGAAAUGUUGUAAACAGUGCUGUUGAUGAAUAUAACAUUGAUGAGGAAGAAGAGGACAGGGAUCAGAUUGACUACGAGUGCGAAGAAGAGACAACACUGAGCGGUAGUCCCGAAGCUGAAGAAGAAGAGACAAAUAGACAGAUAGAUCGCCGACAAGAGGACGACGAAGAUGUAGAAGAAAACCAGAGUUGCAAUUAUGAUAAUGAGGACAGAGAUGUUGAUAAUGAUGGUGAGCUCAGCGAACAGUUAAGACACACUCAUAUACAGUCAUCUGCUGUUUUUACAACUAGUGAUAUAGAAAAUAGUGAUAAAAAUAAUAGUGAAACUAUAGAUAUAGCUAACUGUGCGACUAUUGCAUCGACCAGUGGUAUUGUUAAACAAACCAUUGACUCAAAUACUCAGUCCAUUAAUAGUGGUAGUAGUAGUAAUAGUAGCAACAGUGGAUCGGUAGCCGGUAGCCCAGUGCCACCACCACCACCACCACCAAAACAACGGACUACAGUUCCUAUUACUCAACAACAAUCAGCUGAUGUGACGACCGUUGCUAUAAUGCCUGAGCAACAAACAAAUGGACAGUUAGCACACGAUCACCAGUUUCCUAAUAAUCAUAACAACUCUGGUCAACAAUUAGCCACCGGUACCGACAAUGACAGUGUAAUGUCGACGACGGCACCAGAAGUGAGUCACAGACGUCUUGAAAGGGUUGGCCAACAGAAGAAUCACAGAAGAACUAUAUCUAUAGGACCCACCCUAUCGUCGGUACAGUCCUUACGCGAAGCAAAUGGCAGUGCCGUAGCCGAUGGCCAAUCACAGCGACCACCGCCAGGUUCAGCAUCGGUGAAUCGGUCGGCAACUAUCACACGAUUGCCGUCAAUACCGGAGCGUACUGUACGAUUUCAGCGGGUAGCAUUGGACGAGUCAUUGCCGACCAAUUGGGAGGCCCGGGUGGACGCCCACGGCAGAGUCUUCUAUAUAGACCAUACAAAUAGGACGACCACUUGGUCUCGGCCGCAGCAGACACAGCAUCAGACCCAACAACAGUCGACAAAUACGGCACAAAACAAUGAGUCCAUUCAACGACAACAAUUGGACAGACGCUAUCAAUCCAUUAGACGUACAAUGACUGGUCGCGGUUCACGUGACGCUCACACCAAAGCUAAAUCGGUGGGCGCCGUCAUCACAAGCAAUGUUAGUCAACCGUCACCCGAUACGCCCGAUGGUCAGUCACUAUCGACACAACAAUCGUAUACAGUUACCACCAAUUCAUCGCACGUUCCGUCAUCGACAUCAUCAGCAGCAGUAUUGAUGUCCACUUCAUUAGUACAGCCGACAGUCACACCUCCUACCACAUCCAUUACACCCGCCAUCACCACUAUUACCACCCCCACCACAACCACCAGUAGUAGUAGUAGCUCUACGACAGUUACUACCAGUGCUGCCACAGCCACCCCACAAUCAUCGACAGUUACAACGCCGGCUGUUGUCUCACCCAAUCGAGCCAUACUAAACCUGCCGGCCGUCCGGUUUCUUACACGAACCGACUUUUUCAAUGUUAUGCAUAUGAAUGACGAAGCGCUGGCCCAGUAUAACAGUUCGUCAUCACUGAAACAUAUGGUCACAAAAGUCCGACGGGAAGGUCAACACCAGAUUACCAGUGCUUUUGAGCGCUACCAACACAACCGCGAUUUGGUAUCACUGCUGAAUAAAUUUGCCGAAAAUAAUAGGGAAUUGCCAUCCGGUUGGGAGUCAAAAAUUGACAGAACAGGCAAAAAGUUUUUUAUUGACCACACAAGUCGUAGUACAACGUUUAUCGACCCGCGCCUACCGGUAGACGUGCCGGUAGUGAAUCCACACAAACUGGUAAUGGCGCCGAGUCGUCGUCGUGUGCGCAAUACUAACAAUAAUGCGGCGGACAACGAACCGCAAGAGGAAACGGCCAGUUCUUCAAGUCCAAUACCGCCUCCUCGGCCUCCAACGACAUCGGCCUCUACGCCUACCUGUUCAUCAGCAGUUCCCACGGCAUACAAUGAUAAAGUUGUUGCAUUCCUCCGUCAACCAAACAUAAUGGACAUACUGUGCGAACGGCGACCGGCUGUCAAAUCAAAUAGUAGUUUACGAGACAAACUGCAUACCAUUAGAUCGGACGGAACGUUAGCUUUGGAUAGAUUUAGCGACGAUCUCGAGCUAACUAUUCUAUUGUCACUCUUUGAACAAGAGAUUAUGUCAUACGUGCCAUCCAGUGAUCAUUUACCAACCGUUUCUGGUGGCGCUGCCGCUGCUGCCAGGAGUAGUACCGUUGCCAACAACACAUCACCACAAAACUCACCACAAGUUCAACGAUCACAAAUCCGAGUGGCACCGACACCACCGGCACCUUACAGACGUGAUUUUGACGCCAAACUUCGUAAUUUUUAUCGUAAACUCGAACAGAAGGGUAUGGGUCAGGGACCUAACAAAAUGAAACUUAAUGUACGAAGAGAUCAUCUACUGGAGGAUGCCUUCAAUAAGAUUAUGGCCGCCAAUAACAAGAAAGACCUACAAAAGUCCAAACUCUACAUCUCUUUUGCCGGCGAAGAGGGACUGGAUUAUGGCGGUCCGUCCCGUGAGUUCUUUUUCCUGCUAUCACGCGAACUGUUUAACCCAUACUACGGACUGUUCGAGUACUCGGCCAACGAUACGUACACCGUUCAGGUGUCACCGAUGAGCGCCUUUGUCGAUGACUGUCACGAGUGGUUUAGAUUUUCUGGUCGUGUAAUAGGACUGGCACUCGUGCACCAGUAUCUUUUGGAUGCCUUUUUUACCCGUCCCUUCUAUAAAGCACUAUUACGGUUGCCCUGUUCACUGUCCGACUUAGAGUACUUGGACGCCGAGUUUCACCAGAGCUUACUGUGGCUUAAAGAUAAUGAUAUUACCGAUAUCUGGGAGAGUUUGGAUCUGACGUUUUCGGUGAUCGAAGAGAUUGCCGGACAAGUUGUCGAAAAGGAGCUUAAAGCCGGCGGCCGUAACAUAGCAGUGACUGAGCGCAACAAAAAGGAGUACAUCGACCGUAUGGUUAAGUGGCGACUGGAAAGAGGUGUUGUCGAUCAAACCGAUUCACUUGUCAAGGGUUUCUUUGAGGUUAUCGACCAACGAUUUGUCAGCGUAUUUGACGCCAGGGAACUGGAGCUUGUAAUUGCCGGUACAGCCGAAAUCGAUGUAUGCGAUUGGCGUAAAAAUACUGAAUACCGUAGUGGCUAUCACGACUCACAUCCAGUGAUACAAUGGUUUUGGACGGCCAUCGAUCGCAAGUUUGAUAACGAACAGCGCUUACGACUACUACAGUUUGUGACGGGAACGUCGUCCAUACCUUACGAAGGAUUUGCAGCUCUCAGAGGGUCUAACGGUCCGCGAAAGUUUUGCAUUGAAAAGUGGGGCAAACCUACCAGUCUUCCCAGAGCACACACUUGUUUCAAUCGAUUAGAUCUGCCGCCGUAUACCUCAUUUGAAAUGCUUUACGAGAAACUCCUUUUAGCUGUGGAAGAGUCGUCCACUUUUGGUAUUGAAUAGAUAUGAGAUACAUGUGCUCUCAUUAUCACAAUUAUGAUUAAAUGUAACAGCGACUGCAUCAUAAAAAUCUCAAUAAUUGUUUUGUUAAUCAAUGUUUUAGUUUUUUUUAAAUACAGUGAUUAACUCCAUAUUA